CCCGUCGCUGCUGUCGGGCCGGGGGCGGAGCCUGCGACCAGACGGGAUCGGACGGCACCUUGGCGGUUCUCUAGCCGCCAUGGCCACCGUGGGCGGCCUGCGCGCCCUGCCCAGAUGGCUCCUGCGCGGCCGGUGGACCCCGCUCCCCGCCGGCCUGUGCAGCCGGGGGCUGGCCGGGCCCGGGAGGCCGGAGUCGGAGCCGCGGCCCACCAGCACGUGGCAGCGGGACGGCAUCAGGAACAUUGUGUUGAGCAAUCCCAAGAAGAGGAAUGCGCUGUCACUCGCCAUGCUGAAAUCUCUCCAAAAUGACAUUCUUCACGAAGCGGAAAGCAAAGAUCUGAAAGUCAUUGUCAUUUCAGCCGAGGGGCCUGUAUUUUCCUCUGGUCAUGAUUUAAAGGAACUGACGGAGGAGCAAGGCUGUAAUUACCAUACUGAAGUGUUCCAGACAUGUUCUGAGGUGAUGAUGCUGAUCCAGAACCACCCGGUCCCCAUCAUCGCCAUGGUCAACGGCCUGGCCACGGCUGCUGGCUGUCAGCUGGUAGCCAGCUGCGACCUUGCAGUGGCAAGCGACAAGUCCUCUUUUGCCACUCCUGGGGUGAACAUCGGGCUCUUCUGCUCCACCCCUGGGGUGGCCUUGGGCAGAGUGGUACCCAGAAAGGUGGCCUUGGAGAUGCUUUUUACCGGAGAGCCCAUUUCUGCUCAGCAGGCCUUGCUCCAUGGGCUUCUCAGCAAAGUCGUGCCGGAGGAGCGGCUGGAAGAAGAGACCAUGAGAAUUGCCAAGAAGAUUGCCUCCUUGAGCCGUCCUGUGGUGUCCUUGGGCAAAGCCAUCUUCUACAAGCAGCUGCCUCAGGACCUUAGAACAGCCUACUGUCUCACCUCCCAGGCCAUGGUGGACAACCUGGCCCUGCGGGACGGGCAGGAAGGGAUCAAGGCAUUCAUCCAGAAGAGGAAGCCCAUCUGGUCACACUGAGCCCAUGUGUGGGUGGACAGGUGGGGCAGUGGGCAGUGCCAGGUCACCCCCAGCCUUAACCUCCAGACUCUGUCACACCACUGCCUCUUGGCUGUGACAGAAAGACAGCCCGCUGUCAAAGCACUGAGGUGGUCUAUGUGAAAAGCCACAGUUCCAAAGGGAAGGGCCCAAAGAUCAUAUGAAGUACGGUCCAGCUUCAAGAUGGCGGCCACUGGGGUGGGCCACUGGGGUGGAAAGCCUGGCAUCUCACGUGCUCUUUCCCAGCACCCUGCCUGGGGGACCGCCACCCGCACAUAGAAGGUGACAGCCCGCAGAGGCAUGAAGGAAGGGUGCCAACCUGACUCAUCGUGUCCUCUUAGGUAGCUCAAUCCUGGUUGCUCAUGACAGGUGAUACAUUUCAAAUCUCCAUGAGAUGCUGGCCACCCUGAAAAUCUUAGUUCCAUCAGGGAAUAAUCACACCUGGGCCUUUGGAAUAAGCUUAUGUGAUUUAAAUAAAUUCAAUGUUUAUAGAGA